AUGGCAGGCUUACCCAAUCGUCCCUCUGACUUUGAUGCCUCGCAUACUGAGAAGGAGAGCAUUCCAAAUGGCGUCCCCAACGGCGCCAGCAGCUCCCUCACCAAUGGGCAACCCACCGACAACAUCCACAAUAUCACCACCGAUGUUUUGAUCGUGGGUGGCGGGUUUGGGGGCAUCUACGGGUUGUACCAGUUCCGCAAAAUGGGGUUGCGGGUGAAGCUCUUUGAAGCCGGUUCUGAUUUUGGCGGUACCUGGUAUUGGAACCGAUAUCCUGGGGCACGUGUGGACAGCGAGACGCCUUACUACAGCCUCUCCAUCCCCGAGGUCUACAAGAACUGGCAUUUCACAGAGCGCUUUCCAGGUCAUCAGGAGCUUAGGCGCUACUUCAAACACAUCGACAAGACCCUGGACCUUAGCAAAGACGCAUACUUCAACACCGUGGUCGUCGAAGCAAAGUUCUCAACAGACACUGACGAAUGGCACGUCCGCACCGACGAUGGCGGCCUCGCAAAGGCCAAAUACCUCGUGUUGGCCACGGGGUCUUCGUACAAGAAGCAUUACCCAGACUUCAAAAACAUGGAUAAGUUCAAGGGCCGCCUCAUCCACUCGGCCCUGUAUCCCGACGAGGGCAUCGACGUGACGGGCAAAAAGGUCGGCGUGAUCGGGUCCGGAGCGACAGGCGUGCAAAUCGUGCAGGAGCUCGCGCGCGAGGACUGUCAGUUGACCGCGUUCGUCCGCACCCCGAACCUGGCGCAGCCGAUGCAGCAACGAAAACUCACAAAGGAAGAACAAGAUAACGCAAAGUCUUUCUACCAGGCUUACCUCCAGGCGGCGAAGCAAUGUCUCAGUGGCUUCCCUUACAACCCGGCGACCAAGACCUUCUUCGAAGCCACGCCCGAGGAACGGCUCGAGUAUUGGGAGGAGUUGUGGCAACGGGGCGGGUUCAGCUUCCUAAUCUCCAACUACCGCGAGUUCCUGACCAAUAAGGACGUGAACCGGGAGAUGUACCAAUUCUGGGCGAAGAAGGUGCGGGCACGGAUAAAGGACCCGUUCAAACGGGACGUGAUGGCGCCGCUAGACCAGGGCCACUGGUUCGGCACGAAACGGCCUUCCCUGGAACAGGACUACUACGAGAUGAUUGACCGCGACAACGUAACGGUGGUGGACCUCAAGGCCACGCCGAUCGUCGAGUUCACCGAGACGGGAAUCCAGACCAGCGACAAGCUGCACGAGUUCGACAUCGUCAUCCUCGCCACGGGCUACGACUCGGUGACGGGCAGUUUGUUAGAUAUUGGCCUGAUCGGCACCGACGGUGUCCCCCUCAAUGAGAAGUGGAAGACCGGCACGUACACUUAUCUCGGCCUGACCAUCAACAAGAUGCCCAACAUGUUCAUGGUUUAUUCGCCGCAGGCGCCGACGAGUCUGUCCAACGGACCGCCCAUCAUCGAGAUGCAGAUCGACUGGAUCUGCGAGGCGAUCAGGAAGAUGAAGGAGGAGGGGAUCCGGUAUGUCGAUGCGAAGGAGGAGGCGGCCGAGAAGUGGCGCGACGACAUCCAGAAGAUGAAUGAGAAGACCCUGUAUCCGGAGACGGAUAGUUGGUACAUGGGCGCCAACAUCCCCGGAAAACCUCGCGAACAACUCAUCUACCUCGCUGGCCUGGACGUGUACAACAAGUCGACGAAAGAAGCGCUGAAGACUUGGGACGGGUUCGACGUGGUGAAGAAAUAG